GUCCUAUCUAUGCUCGUAAAUUUCGAAUCCGAAAACAAGUCCGAAAUUAUCUGCUCUGACGUGGCAGACAAUCAGAGUUAAUGGUUGCGUCUAGUAGCGCUGUCCGUCGCCCCCAGAACUCAGUCCUCGGAGGCGUGAACGUAGGCUCCUUGUUGCUGCUGCUUAGCGGAGUCUUCGCAGUAUUCGCCGCGUUGCUCGCUCGCCACGGAUUCACAGGCCGAGACCAUGGUACUUGAUUUACAGAACCACAGCUGAAAGCUAGACUAACCGAGUGCUUGAACACAGUGGUGGGCAUCGACUUAGGCACGACGUACUCGGUGGUGGCCAUUUCGCAGAAGAAUAACGUGACUGCAAUCAAAGACAAAGAGGGCUAUGUAUUGGUGCCGUCCACGGUAGCCUUCCUACCUCAUGGAGGUUCAUAUCAGUGUUGUGCUUACUGGUAAACUACUACGCAGCUGACACCAAUGUGGUAUGGAAACCAGGUGUGUUAGUAGGUCGCGAGGCACGAGCACACCGCACAUUGGACCCGCAGCAUACAGUUUUCAAUGCCAAGAGAUUCAUCGGCCAGAGCUACGGAGACGUUCUAGCAUCAGAGGCUGACGAGAAUGGAGUUACACCAUACGAGUUCGGUGUAAAAAUGCUGCAAGACAACAAGCAUGAUGGCGUAUGUUUCACACUGGAUCUAUCAGGCCAACCCGGAUGCGUGACUCCAGUCGAGAUUGGCACUGCAGUUGUGCGGCAUCUCCGUUCGAUGGCGCACAAUUUUGUCGGCCACGACCAGAUCACCAAGGCAGUCAUUGCAGUGCCUGUGGACUUUAACGCGAGGCAACGAGACGCCACAGUGGCGGCAUUUCGAGCAGCAGGACUGGAGGUCUCUCGCGUGCUGGAAGAACCGACCGCCGCUGCGAUCGCCUACGGUCUGCACCAGGAUCCAAGUGUGAGUUUCUUGCUGGUCUUCGACUUCGGAGGAGGCACACUAGACGUAUCGCUACUCUUCGCUCGCAAUGGAGCCAUCAGUGUGUUAGACACUCUGGGAGAUAACCAUCUUGGAGGCGAAGAUCUGGACGCACGGCUGUCCGCUUGGCUCUUGAAACAGUUUGAAGCUCAACUUGGAGCGGCUAUCACGUCUCGUGGGAGCGAAUCCGAGGGGAAAGUCAGUGAGAAUGGCAGCAACGAACCGCCAUGCACCAUGGCUGGUGUUCGUCAAGCUGCCGAGCUGGUUAAGAGGCAGCUAACUGAUGUCUCCGUCACUACUGCUGCUUGUAUCUCGAGUGGCAACAAGAAACCGGUACGAGUUGAAGUGACAGUCACUCGAGCGCAGUUUGAGGAGCUCUGUGACUCGUUGCUGGAGCGGACGAUGAUCCCAGUGCGUGAUGUUCUGGAAUCUAACAACAUGGACACCGACGAAAUCGACGCCGUGGUGCUGGUAGGAGGAUCCUCACGAAUCCCGUGGGUGCGUCAACGCCUCACUGACAUGUUCCAAGGUCGCCCACCACUCUCCGAUAUUGAUCCCGAUCUCGCUGUAGCGUACGGAGCAGCACGUACACUGGACUAGAAACGAAACGCGACAAUCAAUAGAAGAUACGAUCAUUCAUUCAGAGCAGGGAGCCUAGACACGUCAGCUUGACCGCUUUACCAACCGUCUAGAGGGCGGUGACCGCUGUUAGCGCGAUCUCAGCAAGGUCAGGAGAGGAGUGUGCCGUGUAAAAGUCCUGGAUGUGGUCGAGUGCAAACUUCUGCAGCCGCUCGUUGAUUCCGUCGUCGUCCUGGUCGGCGCGGUAGCCACGUUGGGCAGCGAUGGCCUUAGUACACGUCACGAGCGAAAAGUAUGCGCGCAAGUUCUGCUUCUUGUUGAGCUCGAUCGAGUGCGCGUAGUGCUUGCGAGCCGUCAGCAGGUUGUCCAGACCGCCGAUAGUCGAGUAAAUGUCGGCCAGACGGCUGUGUGAGAUGGCGUCCAUGGGGUUUAGCAGCACCAACUCCUCGUAGCAGAAGGCUGCGUAGCGAUACGCACCCAUCGACAGGUACGUCUCACCCAGUUCCGUCCACUAACAGCAAGUAAAAACACAAUAAAGUAUGUUAAAACAACU